AUAUUAUGAUUCUGCGCAUUGACUGUAAACAUUUAAACGCGCUGUUUCUAAGAUAAUUCCGCUUGUGUGUGAUUACUGUAACUGAAAAUGGUUGAAGUUACGCGGUGCCAAUAAUUGAAAAUGGAUGCCUUUUUGGGGACUCUGCAAGAUCAUGACGUGAGCUCUGUUCUGUCGUCUUGUGAGCCGGAACUUUUGGAGCUGAUGCGUCAGAUUGACAUCAUGGUAGCCCACAAACGGAGCGAGUGGGAGACAGAGAUGCGGGCCGUAGAGGCGAGCCUGCAGACUCGCGAAGAGGAGCUCAAAUCCGCCAGGGAGUUUGCUGAGAGCAAGAAUACCGAGGUCAGCAUUCUCCGCCAGCAGCUAGAAGACACGCAGGCUGGAAGGAAGGAGGCCAUUGCCAAGUAUGAAGAGCAGCUGCGACAAAUGCGCGAUGAGUUGUCCAGGUUGAAGCGGAGCUACGAGAAGCUCCAGCGCAAACAGCUGAAGGAGGCCAGGGAGGGAGCCAAGAGCCGCGAGGAGGACCGGACGGAGCUGACUCGACUCACCAGCAAGAUCGAGGAGUUUCGACAUCGCUCUGCAGAGUGGGAGCAACAGCGGAUUCAGUACCAGAAGCAGGUGGUCUCCCUAGAGACCCAGAGGAAGAACCUACAUGAACAGUUCCAGCAGUUCCAACAUAUGCAGCGCUCUCCGGGCCGCGGCAGGGAGGCGCAGCGGGAGGAGCAGAGCAGCCAGGCGGAGGUGCAGAGGCUGCGCGUGCAGCUGGACCGGGCGAGGGACGCCCUCCGAGCGCAGGAGCUGCAGGUGGAGCGUCUGGGCCUGCUGCAGUCGGAGCUGGGAGACUCCCGGAGGGAACGGCAGGUCAGCGGCACGGUGCUGAGCGAGGAGAAGGCAGAGCUGCGGGCCACGCUGGACGCCCAGGACGAGUUUGUGCACAGCUCCGGCCUGCAGCUGCAGCAGCUGCGCGGGGAGCUGGCCAGGCUGAACCAGGCCCUGCAGGCCAAAGACCACGUCAUCAGGACCCUGGAGGACAGUUUUGGGGCUGAUGGGGUGACGUUGGGUCUCAGAUGGGAGCUGGAGAAGGCCCUCUCCCAGCUGCACACAUCCCGCUCCUGCGAGGCUCACCAAAAAGCCGAGGCAGCCCGACUCCGCGAAAGCAUCGACAACGUCCUGCGAGGGUCGCAGGGAAGUCUGGGGAAGAGCCCAGAGCUGGAGCAGCUGGAGGGAGAGCACAGUCGCUUGGUGGGAGAAGUGAAGAGGCUGAGGGACGAGUUGCAUACGGUGGAGCAGACCCGGCGUGGGGAGGUGGACGGCAUGAGGAAAGAGGUGUCCCAGCUGACCAAUGAGCUGCACCAGCGUGACAUCACCAUCGCCACGCUCAGCGGCUCCGCCUCCGGCAUCGAGCGACAGCUGCGGGCCGAGGUGGAGCGGGCAGAGCGCCGGGCCAGCGAGCUCAAGGUGACCCAGGUCCAGCUGGAAACCCUUAAAAUGGAGAACGAGCACCUGACCGGGAUGCUGGAGCGGCUGCAGUCGAGGUCGUCCAAGAAGGGCGAGACCUCUCCGGCGCCCCAGAGGGACAGUCUGGAGCAGGAGAACCUGCAGCUGAGGCAUGAGCUGGCAGAGGUUCAGGCCCAACUGGAGGCCCUUACGCAAACCUGGAAGGACAAGCUUGAGCAGACUCUACUGCAGAGCCAGGAGGAGCUGAACCAGCUCCGCUUGGCUGAGGAAAGGAAAGCCCAGGACCUCCAGCGGCAACACGGGGAGGAAGUGCUCGCCCUGGAGGCGAAGCUGCAGGAGAAGACCGCGCGCUACGAAGAACAGAUCCAGAGCCUCCGGAGACGGCUGGAGGCCCCUCCUCGGCCCUCCUCGGCCCCCCGGGCCGGCAGGUCCGGCUCAGCCACGCCCCGCUCUCGCUCUUCCUUGUCCUCCUCCACUUCCUCCUCCGGUUGCCUCGAAGGUCGGUCGUCGGCCCACGAACGGCCCCAUUUGAUCUCCGCAGCCCCCGAUGGCAGCGAAGGCCAACGCUCCACCAACAGCAGCUCACAGGAGUCCCUGCAUCUCCUGGGACAGGAGCAGGUCUCUCAGCUGGUAUUGGACGGCUCCUCGCCCCCGGGGUCGGUGGCCACUCGGUUCCUGGAGGAGGAGACCCUCCGCUCCCAGGAGCUCUUGCUGAAGCUGGACGCCCACAUCCAGGACAUGAGGGAGGACACUUCCAAAACUGUCAGGAAGUACCUGGAGGAGGGCGCCGGCCCCGUCUCCCCCCAGGAACCGGGGCCUCGCGAGACGCCGCAACAGUGAACGCGUAUCCUCAACCGCGGGGUACAAAGUGCCGUUCGCAACCGCCAAAUGGAUCCCAGUGUGCACCUGGGCACACUUAUGCAGUAGGCUAUUGGGGACUUGGGGGCGGGUUAUAAGUGCCUAUCGACAGUGGAGUGCUCCGACUUCAUUGGGUGAAUGAAUUGCAAACAGCAGGGGUGUGAAACUAUCCUCGGUUUGCCAUGCUGUUGCUAGUUUGAGUUGGUCCAGUUGAUAGUUUUGUACAUUUACAACUAAGGAUAUCCCAGAAUGCAGUGCCAUUAAUUGAAUGCAAAGCCAUCUUCAACGGUUUUUUAUUGUUUAGAAGUAUUUGGGCUGAUGCCAAUUGCCAUCAAAGGUUCGUCACCCAUGGUGUGUACAGGGCCAACUCUUCAGUGAGACUGUGUACCCACUCUCCCCUGAGUGACCGAACUUUCAGAGCACGUCGUUCAGACAUCUCUUGGCUCUUGCAACUGAACACAUUCCACAUUCUUGGGCCUUCCAGUCAGCUUGCACAUUGGGAUGUGGGAAGAAAUGGUCUGACAUUCAAAGUGCCUUUUUUUUCUUUGUCUAUUUAAUGUUUUUUGUACCUGGUCUAUGUAUUUUGCGGUUUGGGAGGGGGAAGAACAUGUUGAUUGGUGUCACUGUAAAAAUCGGACUUGAAUGUCUUGAAAAUUUGUGUGUUUGAAAGGAAUCUCUCGCCCCAAAUGAGCAGUGACAAUCCUCUGUGGUUCCAGUCUCUCGGGAUUGUCAAAUGCUUGUUUUUCCAAACGGCCUCCUUAACAAGUGCAUCUUAUCCACGCCGUCCAGGCAUUCAUAGCUACAGGAGUUCCAGUACGGCCGUCUUCCCACAGGAGACUUUCUGCAAAGAGCGGAACGGCACAUUGCCGGGAAUUUUUUGGGGGAGAGCAACGCUCCCUCCUUGGGACAAUGAUCCAAGUGGGGGGUGCACUGCAGCUCAGACCCCCUGCGCUCGACUGGGGGGGGGGCGGCAUUCUUCCACCACGGACCCCCAGGCCCUGACGAGGCCCACCGGGUUGUUUAACGAAGUUUUCGGCAGGAAUGCUCACAGAGUGCCAACAAACUCAUGCCCCCCCCCCUUUCCUUUUAUGAGAAGGAGCAUGUGGAAUCUUAAUGUCAACCAUGUGGGACAAAUUUUGAGAGCCAAAAUCAGAAGGAAAUUAUUGAUGUGAGUCGAGGGGAAGGAUCCUCACAUUUUACAGAUGGCCUGAUAGCAUAAACAAUGGGGAGGG